AUGUCAGCAGCGUCAAAGCGGUACGACAUGGCCGAUGGUGGCUCCCUCCUCGAGCUGCAAGCAGAACUGAGCAAACACCAAGCUCGACUGGGCAAGCGAGAGUCUCCCAACCCCUCUGCGAGCUCCAAACCGACCAAACUCGGCUUCCGAGCGACAGUCGAGAGCUCAAAGGACAAGCAGCUCAGCCAGUGGGCUAAAGAAUCCAAGGAGCUCAUCAGGUCCCGGCAGCAGAAGCAGAAGAAUGGCGCAAAAUCGGUGAAGAAGCGAAAGACUGAUCACGUCGUCGAUGCUGUUGAGGACCGGUUCAGGCUCUGCCAGCCGUCAUCGGAUCAGAUUGCUGCUGCACUCGAACGCAAAGCUAAAGCAUACGACUUGCUCAAACGAGGCAAGACGGCGGGCCUGACUGAGGCUCAGAUUGCGACCUUCUCCGUCGACUUUGACAAGAAGGCGUGGGACAACCCCAAGUCUGAGGACUCUGAGGACGAAGGGCAAGCGACUGCUCUUCCGGACGACGAACUCGUCGAAUAUGUGGACGAGUUUGGUCGCGCAAGGAUGAUGAAGCGUAGCGAAGUGCCUCGUCCGGGCCAAGCAUCGCCAGAUGGACCUGCUUCCAUCGGCGAUGGCACCUUUAAAGCUGCACCAGAGAACAUGUCAAAUCUCUACUACGGCGAUCAGACGACUUUUGCAACGUAUGAGCCCACAGAGGAAGAAAUUGCAGCGCGGCAUGCCAAGGUCGAGGCUGCCUUCAAGCCACUCGAGACGCAUUACGAUCCCAACAGCGAAGUACGAGAGCGCGGUGCGGCGGCCUAUGCCUUCUCUGCAGACGAAGCAAAACGGCGCGAGCAGCUCGAGGAUCUCAGCGCCUUACGCAAGGAGACAGAAGCCGAACGCUUCCUCGCUACGACCAAACAGACGCCUGCAGAGAAGCGUGCAAACGAGCUCGCACAACGUAAAGCGCUCAUCGAAGCCAAACGGGCUGCUCUGCUCGCCAAGCGCGCGCCGGCUGCCGAGGCAUCCCAAGCCUCUGCCAAGCCUGCUCGGCCCGAUGCUGCAUCGUUCCUAGACUGA